GAGGGCGCCGCAAGUUUGUUCAGUAGUCAGGCGCGCACUUUUAUGACGCAAUGACGCUGACGCGAGAGGAUGGCGGCCGCGGGAGCCUCCUCCGAAGCUGCCCAGGAGUUGAGGCGACUGUGUGGGGUUUGAGGUAUAGACACGGCCUGCACAGCAGAUCCUGCUGGCCUUGACCUGAGAGAAUGCCUCCAUGGCUGCUUAGCCCCCUUCCGUGAUGGGCUGUGGGACAAGUAAGGUCCUUCCUGAGCCUCCCAAGGAUGUCCAACUGGAUCUGGUCAAAAAGGUUGAGCCUUACACUGGCCACAAGACUGAUGUGUAUAAGCAUUUCAUCAAAGAUGAUGGAGGUGGGGGCCUUAAAACUGGAUGCCCAUCACCCCCUUAUCACAUUCAGCCUUAUCCAGGGACUCAUCUGGCUAGCCACAUGGAGCCUCAUGAGCCCCGAAGGACCAGGGUGGCUAAAUACCGGGCCAAAUUUGAUCCUCGAGUAACAGCUAAAUAUGAUAUCAAGGCCUUAAUUGGACGGGGCAGCUUCAGCAGAGUUGUGCGGGUAGAGCAUAAGGCUACCAAACAACCCUAUGCUAUUAAGAUGAUUGAGACUAAGUACCGGGAAGGGAGGGAAGUAUGUGAGUCUGAGCUGUGUGUCUUGCGACGGGUUCGCCAUACUAACAUCAUCCAGCUUAUUGAAGUAUUUGAGACACAGGAACGUGUCUAUAUGGUGAUGGAGCUAGCCACUGGUGGAGAGCUGUUUGACCGGAUCAUUGCUAAAGGCUCCUUUACUGAGAGGGAUGCCACCCGGGUACUGCAGAUGGUGCUGGAUGGGGUCAAGUACUUGCACACACUGGGCAUCACACAUCGGGACCUGAAGCCAGAAAACUUGCUGUAUUAUCACCCAGGCACAGACUCUAAGAUCAUGAUUACUGACUUUGGGUUGGCAAGUGCCCGGAAGAAGGGGGAUGACUGUCUCAUGAAGACUACCUGUGGCACUCCGGAGUACAUUGCCCCAGAGAUACUAGUCAGGAAGCCCUACACAAACUCUGUGGAUAUGUGGGCCCUGGGGGUCAUAUCAUACAUCCUGCUGAGUGGAACGAUGCCCUUUGAAGAUGACAACCGGUCAAGACUCUACCGGCAGAUCCUAAAGGGGAAGUAUAGUUACUCAGGGGAGCCCUGGCCCAGUGUAUCAAAUUUGGCGAAGGAUUUCAUUGACCGUCUGCUAACUGUGGAUCCUGGUGCCAGGAUGACAGCUCUCCAAGCCUUGAAGCACCCAUGGGUGGUGAGCAUGGCUGCCUCUUCAUCCAUGAAGAAUCUUCACCGCUCAAUUUCCCAGAAUCUUCUCAAGAGAGCCUCCUCUCGGUGCCAGAGCACCAAGUCGGCUCAGUCCACACGCUCCAGCCGCUCAACCAAGUCCAAUAAAUCUCGGCGUGUGCGUGAGCGGGAACUGCGAGAACUCAACCUGCGCUACCAACAGCAGUAUAAUGGCUGAGUCACCAGCUCUCCUUGCACACCUGAGAUCUUCUCAGACACACCCUAGGGAAGUGGCAGUGGGACCCAGUGCCCAGGAGCAGGAGGAGGCACCACAGUCCCCCGAGUUUCCCCUCUCACCUGGGGAAGGGUCUGGGGCUACACAACAGACUCCCAUCCCUUUGCCAGACAUCCACUGUCUUAAGUGCCUUGUGCCACCUCCCAGGCUAGUCAGGGCCCCAGAAGAAGAAAAGCCUGGUGGGCCUAGGGUGCCCAGUAUUAAUGCUAGAUUCUAAGGACUGUCUACCCACACUCAUCUUGUACACAUAGGUAGCAUGUUUGUGUGUGUCAAGAGCCCCUCUCAGAUGACAAAGGAUGGGUGGUAUUUCUGUUGUGUGCCCACCUUUCCUGGGAGGUGGGAGUACUGAGUGGUUAUGACUCAACUACCUAAGAGCUUUCUGUUGGGUCAGAACUGCAGAAGGCACAGAUCGGGGCAGGGGAACCAGUGGCAGUCUAGAGGAUCAGGAGGGGACCAAGACUAGACGAGGAACUUUAGGUUCCUACAGUGGUAGGACAAGAAGCAGAGCUCCUCGGGGCAGUUUAAAGAAAGGGAAGUCCCUUGUUCUUCCUUCCCUAAUUCCAGUCCCCCCUGCCCCGUCUCCUUGCUAUUCCCGCCCUGGAGAUGGUACUUGUGGGUGUGAUGUUACACAGGCCAGGCUGUUGGCUUGGGCUAAGGGGUGGACCUCCUUGCAGGCUGCAGUGUUUGGUAGUAAUGCCCGAAAUCCUUCUCAGGAGAGGUGGUUUUUGUUUUGUUAUUUUUUUUUAACCAAAACCCAAGGCCUCCUUACUCUUUUCCACUCACUUGGCACCAGAUGGGGCUAAUACAUGAGAGCCCCCUGAUGUCAAAUACAUUUCCUUUGGCUCUUCUGCUUGUUUGAAGGCUUAACAGGGAAACUUGCCCAGAUAUCUACCCUUAUGCCUUUCCUUCUCUUCUUUUUCUUCUUCCUUUCCCUAACAGGACCCAGCCGGCUCAGACCAUGUUUAGGCUCUGACUAUCCAGAAAUAGAGAAGGAAACUCUGAAGUCAGAGCUGAUAUCUGUAGCAUGUCCUUGGUACCAGAGUGCCCUUUCUGAUCAGUACCACCCCUGUAACCAACGGGAAAUGGAAUUGCCUUUGUGGUAGGUUCCCCUGGGCUGGAGUAAGUGAUCACUAGUGACUCAGAGAGGAAGGACUCUGGAAGAAGCCAGAGAAUCUGCCAGGAUGUGAGUGUUCUUUCCUAAGGCAAGGAUAUGCUAUACUUUGGGGGCCCUGGGUGAAAAUGGCAUGGGAGGAGGGCAGCUGAGCAGGUCUAGUUCAUCUAGUGAAGGGGGACAGGAUCCACUAAGGGGCCUGGGUAGGGCCUAGCUUUCUAUAGGAUCUUCUUUUAAAUGGAAGUAUGUAUAUGUGAAAAAAGAAAUAUAGAGUACAUGUAGCCAUCUUGGUCAUUCCAUCCCUAAAGACAAUCUGCUUCCUUCCCCUGGGUUGUUUAGUUGUUUUUAGCUUCGUUGGACUCUUUGAGAUGCUCUUUUAGGAUUUUCUUGGCAAAAAUACCAGAGUGGUUUGUCAUUUCCUUCUCUAGCUCAUUUGACAGAUGAAGGAACUGAGGCAAACAGGGUGAAGUGACUUGCCCAUGGUCACACAGUUAGUAAGUGUCUGAGGCCAGAUUUGAACUUAGGUCUUUCUGACCCCAAGAGUGGCUCUCUAUCCACUGCAUCACCUAGAUGCUUACCUUACCUUGGGAGGGUGCCAAAAUAUGCGUAUCGAUUAUUUCAAGACAGAUCCAACUGAUUCCAAGGAUUCAAGUGUCCUAUGAUUACCCAGUGUUGUCCUGGUCCUCUUUCCUGUCAUCUGAUUUCUCCCAGGAAAUUAUAUAUAAAAGGAAACCUGAACUUAACUAGUCCUUAGCUCUGAAAGGGGGAAGAGCAGAUAACCCAACCUGUAGCUAGGAAAGAAGAGGAUAGUGGCUGGUUUUCCUGCCCGUUGGUGGGUACUUGGGCUGGAGGGAAAAACAGCUGAAGGUGGUCUCUCCAAGGCAGACUGAGAUAAAUCACCUUGGCCUCUAAGCAGAGUUGUGGCUACUAGUUUUUCCCUUCCCUUAGAAAACUGAAAUUACACAUUUCCCUUUCCUCUCUUAUCCUAUAUACCCUUUUGUCCUUGGGGGAGAAGUUGUGCCCUGCCUCCAUAUUCAAGGGUUCUUCCACUUCUAGGUCAGGGAUGGCUACAAGGUUUCUCCUGCCCCCAGGUACUGUCUCUGCUAUCACAAUGUAGACCCCAUGUCCCUGCCUUGUUUCCUCUGUACUCUUCAGAGCUCAUCCUUCUAGCCUACUUUUUCAUCAUACCCUGCAGGCAGGAUGUUUUCAGGGCUCUUUUGGCUUGUAUAUCAGGGUUUGCCCACUAAAUGAACCAGUCUUCCAUAGACAAAGUCUAAGUGACACCUAGUGGCUACUCGGGAUAUGGAUGGGCAGUGAGUCUGGAAAGCAGCCACCAUGGGACCUGACAGGAGGAUCUGGAGCUGGAAUUCUGCUGACUGAGGAAUAAAGGAGUUCUGAUGGAAGGGCUUAGCGAUAGCUUCAUUCAUUCUCCAUCCCCUUCCCUCCCUCGCCCCUCCUCCAGGAAGCCUGUCCUUAAGGAAUUUCUUGUGGAACUUAGCAAUACUGUGUGAAUUUGCCCUGCCCUGCAGGGAAGGGGUGGGGGAGGCCCCAGUGCCCCAGGUGAAACUGCAGGGUUGGGAUGGAGGGGGGCUGGUUCCCCCAACAUGGCCCAUCUGGGACUGUACUCUCAGUCCUGAUCAGACUGUAUUGUCUGCUUAGACAUCUCUGACUCCUCUUAAAUGCACAGACUUGCAAACUUUGUCAGGCUUGCAGCUAAGGUGGAGCAACAGAGCCCAUUUUAGGGGGCUCCCCUCAGUUUUUCUUGCCUAUAUUUAAACUGAAGCUGCUCUCAGCAAGUUUGAGAAGGGGCUAGGGCUUAAUUUCUAGUAGAGGAGCCAAGCUGCCUCCUUAAUAAGACCCUCAUGGCACUUAGGGUAAGGGCUUCUGCCAAGAAAACAAGUGGGUAUUCUCCUAUAUCCCUGGCCCAUAGAGAUCUAAUGGAACACUGUUCUUGAUUUAAAACAAACGAACAACAAAAAGACAAAAACUGUUCAUAUGAACAUUGUUUCCAACUCUGACCAGCAGUGCCAAGGACCAAGGCUUCCUCUCCUAGUGAGUUCUUGGUACCAACAGGAAUAUCAAGCCAAAGUAACUUUGUACGUUUAUGUAUGCAAGUACGCAUUUGUGCCAGAGAAAGAACCAUGUGUCACAGAGUGCCUUCUCCGAGGCCUGGGGAGCCUAGAGACUGUUCUCCUGGGCCACUUUACCUGCCAUUCUGCUUUCCUAUGACAGCCCAGUGACUUUCAGGCCCAGUUUACUGUCCCAAAGACAGAAGGUUCCCCAGGCAGAUGGUCCCACAGCCAGGAGAGAUCUCAGCCACUUUCCCAACAUCUUGGAGUGCUGGACAGCAAUUGGAGACCUAAAAGGCUGCAAAGCAAAUCCCUGAGGCGGGCCUAGAGCUUCUUUGUUCUUAUACCUCCUUCACCCUACUCUCUGUCUUGCUGCCGGGAGCCCUCACCCAGGACAGGCCAAUGGGUUUGUCUUGGUUAGGGGAAGGGAGAUGACUGAGUGGAAGCUUCCUGUACUUUUCUUCUCUCACUUGGUUCCCAGGGAUCUCUUUGGGGAGCCUGUCCCUUCAUUGGACCUUCUCAUUUGCCAGUCCUACUACCUACACUCCACAACCCCAAUUCUUUGGACCCAGGCACCUUGAGCAUCCCCCCGCCCCACCCCAAUCCAUGAGAGGCAGGAUAAAUAUAUACUUGUGGGUUGAGACAUUUGCUCUUUGUCUCAGCCUCUUGACAUUAAAAAAGUCCCUCAUACCAUUGUUCCCUGGGAGCUUGUGCCAUUGGAUUGAGAAUGUAUAAAGUUAUUUAUUUUGUGUACUCAGUUUGCAAAUGUAUCUUGCAUAUUCAAUAAACCUGCAGUCUUCCCCCAGGAUGACUGCUCCAUCCCUGUG